AGAAUGAAGUCUUCGCAGCGAAAUCGGUCAAAUCCAUUUUCCUCUUGAGGUUUCUUCCAUCAUCGUUCCAAUCAAAUUUGUCUGAAAAACUUUGCUCGAUCACUGAUUACGCACCAAAAUUUCCGAUUCAACACUCUCCUUCUCUCUCUCUUGCUAUUGGGUUUCUCUGUUCCUACUCUUGGAUUAGGCUAUUGAAGGGGGGAAGAAGAAAUGGCGGUUGUGAAGGAACAGGUGACUCAUGAGAUAGUGAAACCCCGUACAGACAAAAGAGAGUACCGGAGAAUCGUCCUCAGGAACUCUCUUGAGGUCCUGCUCGUCAGUGACCCUGAUACCGAUAAGAGUGCUGCUUCCAUGACCGUGAACGUUGGGUCCUUCAGCGACCCCAAAGGCUUAGAGGGUUUAGCCCAUUUUCUUGAGCAUAUGCUGUUUUAUGCAAGUGAAAAGUAUCCAUUAGAGGAUAGUUAUUCGAAAUAUAUCACAGAGCAUGGAGGUAGCAUGAAUGCCUUUACGGCAUCUGAGCAGACAAAUUAUUAUUUUGAGGUCAAUGCUGAUUGUUUUGAGGAGGCCUUGGAUAGAUUUGCUCAAUUUUUCAUCAAGCCUUUGAUGUCUCCCGAUGCUACAAUGAGAGAAAUCAAAGCUGUUGAUUCUGAGAAUCAAAAGAAUUUGUUAUCUGAUGGUUGGAGAAUGCACCAGCUUCAGAGACAUAUAAGUUCUGAAAGUCAUCCAUACCAUAAAUUCAGCACAGGGAAUUGGGACACUUUGGAGGUUCAACCAAAAGCUAAAGGGCUUGAUACAAGACAUGAACUUAUAAGAUUCCAUGAAAAAAAUUAUUCAUCCAAUAUCAUGCAUCUGGUUGUAUAUGCAAAGGAAAACCUAGAUAAAGUACAAAGCCUUGUGGAAAACAUAUUUCAAGAUAUUCCAAACCAUAACUGCAAUUGUGCUCAUUUUCCUGGUCAGCCAUGCACGUCAGAACAUCUCAAGGUUCUUGUUAGAGCCAUCCCAAUUAAACAAGGUCAUAAAUUGAGAAUUGUUUGGCCAAUAACUCCUGAGAUUCAUCAUUAUAAGGAAGGACCAUGCCGAUAUCUAGGUCAUCUUAUUGGCCAUGAAGGAGAAGGAUCCUUGUAUUAUGUUCUGAAAACAUUGGGGUGGGCAACAGGGCUCUCUGCUGGUGAAUCUGAUUCUACCACGAACUUUUCCUUUUUCAAAGUAAUAAUUGAUCUUACUGAUGCUGGUCAAGAGCACAUGCAGGAUAUUGUUGGGCUACUCUUUAAAUACAUUGACCUUUUGAAGCAAUCUGGUAUAUGCAAAUGGAUAUUUGAUGAGCUUUCAGCUAUUUGUGAGACGAAGUUCCAUUAUCAAGACAAAAUUCGUCCAAUUGACUAUGUAGUCAAUCUUUCAUUAAAUAUGCAGUUGUAUCCUCCGGAAGAUUGGUUAGUUGGUUCGUCUUUGCCUUCAAAAUUCAAUCCAAACUUAAUAGGAACAGUUCUGGAUCAGCUUUCUGUAGAAAAUUUCCGCAUCUUUUGGGAGUCAAAGAAAUUCGAAGGCCAGACUGAUAAGGUUGAGCCGUGGUAUGGAACUACUUACUCCAUUGAGAAUAUUUCUGGCACUUUGAUUCAGGAAUGGAUGCUAUCUGCUCCUGACGUAAAAUUGCAUCUACCAGCUCCUAAUAUUUUCAUCCCUACCGAUUUAUCACUUAAGGAUGCACAUGAAAAGGUUGAGUUUCCAGUUCUGCUAAGAAAAUCAUCAUAUUCAACAUUAUGGUACAAACCUGACACAAUGUUCUUCACGCCCAAGGCAUAUGUUAAGAUUGAUUUUAGAUGUCCUCAUGCUGGCAUCUCACCUGAAGCAGAAGUCCUAACGGAUAUUUUCACGAGGUUAUUGAUGGAUUAUUUGAAUGAAUACGCUUAUAGUGCUCAGGUUGCUGGACUAUAUUAUGGCAUAAACCCUACAGAGGCUGGUUUCCAGGUGACUCUGAUCGGUUAUAACCACAAAUUAAGGGUUCUACUGGAAACUGUAGUUGAAAAAAUUGCAAGAUUCAAUGUGAAACCUGAUAGAUUUCUCGUCAUCAAGGAAACUGUGAUGAAGGAGUACCAAAAUUUCAAGUUUCAACAGCCAUAUCAGCAGGCUAUGUACUAUUGUUCAUUAAUACUUCAAGAUCACACAUGGCCAUUGAUGGAGGAACUUGCAAUCCUUCCACAUUUGGGGGCUGAAGAUCUAGUUAAAUUUGCUCCAACUUUGCUCUCAAGUGCUUGCUUGGAAUGUUACAUUGCAGGAAACAUUGAAAGGAAUGAAUCUGAAUCAAUGAUCGAACACAUUGAAGAUAUAUUUUUCAAGGGGCCAAAUCCAAUAUCACGACCAUUAUAUCCAUCGCAGCAUCCAACAAAUAGAGUUGUGAAGCUUGCGAGGGGCAUUGGUUAUUUCUAUUCCGCAGAGGGUCUUAACCCAAAUGAUGAAAAUUCGGCUCUUGUCCACUAUAUCCAGGUGCAUCGAGAUGACUUUCUACAGAAUGUGAAGCUUCAGCUUUUUGCUCUUGUGGCAAAACAAUCAGCUUUUCAUCAGCUUAGAACUGUUGAACAACUUGGCUAUAUUACUUUUCUAAUGCAAAGGAAUGACUCUGGUAUCCGYGGACUUCAAUUUAUUAUCCAAUCCACUGCGAAGGGUCCUCGAAAUAUUGAUUUGAGAGUUGAAGCCUUCCUAGAGAUGUUUGAGAGUAAGCUAGUUGACAUGACCAUUGAUGAAUUCAAGAGCAAUGUAAAUGCUCUAAUAGAUAUGAAGCUUGAGAAAUUCAAGAACUUGAGGGAAGAAUCUGGAUUUUAUUGGCGGGAGAUUUCUGAUGGGACGUUGAAAUUCGAUAGGAGAGAAUCAGAGGUUGCAACAUUAAGGACACUCGCACAUCAGGAAUUGAUCAACUUUUUCAAUGAACACAUAAAAGUUGGUGCACCUCAUAAGAAGGCUCUAAGUGUUCGGGUUUACGGAAAUCUUCAUUCUUCAGAGUAUUCUUCGGAUUUAAGUCAACCACUUCAACCUGACACAGUAAAAAUAGAUGAUAUUUUCAGUUUCAGAAGAUCACAGCCACUUUAUGGUUCCUUCAAAGGAGCAUUUGGUCAUGUGAAGUUGUAGUUGCUUUGAACUCUCUAGUCUUUUAAGCAUUUCCAUAUAGGAUUUUUCAACUCAACUCAAUCCUUAACCAAGAGGGGUUUUGGAUGUGAAAUUUGUGGAGAUGUGGAGAGCCCUUAUUAAGUGAAUGAGCUGAACCAAUCAUGAACUGCAACAAGUUGGAUAUGUUGUGAAGUGAAGAUGCUCUGAAUCCUCCAUAGGUUGCAGAAGUGGUCUUCUGUUAGAAAAGAACUCCCAAGAAUUCAUUUCUCUGUUUAUUGGUACUUAUUGUAUAAUCAAUUUAUAGUUCUCAUUCUCCCUUGAAAUUGUAAUUGCUAUACCUUGCAAAGUGUGACAAUUUUAUACUGGGAUUAUUGAAUUAACCCUUCAAUGGGUGACAUUAGGAUUCUGUCUUUGUUCCAACCAUUUCAUCAUCCCAUUUUCAAUAGAAAAUAUUUAGUCUGGCUUCUCAA